AUGAAUGCCGAAAUCAACUAUGCUGGCUUUCAUGGCCGGCUUACUCGAGUGCAACAACUGCUCCACGAUCGCGGUCUUCAGGUUUUCAAUAUCAUGCCCAUGGCAUUUCACCCAAACAAUGAACCCUCGACACUGAACAACUUCUUGUUCAAGGCGGAGUUGGCCAAGCCGGCCAUGGCAUCAAACUUCCCUGGCACGCAGCCUGGCACCUGCAAAGCCCCAGCAGAGGGCGUUUCUGUGCUCGUUGUCAAACUGAACAACCCGGCAGCCGAGGACUUUAUUAACCACUCCAACCGAGUGGCGAACGACGUGGCGGCGCAGAAGCUAGUACGCGAGUACCUCGCAGAUUCCAACCAUCGUACUAUGAAGCAGGUGGUCCCGAGCGUAUACGCCUGGGCGCCCGCCAGAACUACCAACCCCGCCGAUGCGGCUGGAUUUGGUUGGAUCAUAUCGGAGUUCCGCAGCGGCGUGAAUCUGGCGUCUGUUUUCGGCAAAUUCCCGUUCGAUGAAAAGAAGCAUGCAUUGAAGCAGCUGAAGGAUAUCCUCCGGGCAGUCCGUUCCGCAAAGCUCCCCGAGGGCGUGACCAAAUUCGGUGGCGGCCUCACCUUUGAUUCCGAGGGACAGGUCGUGGACGGAGAAUCGCCGACCGAGGAAAUCAUGGAGCCGGCUAGCUCAUACCUGGAGUGGUUAGUUGGCCACACUCGUGCCGAGCUCGAUGCAGCCUCCGAGUGCCGAAUCAUCCAGCGUUGGCAAGGCAGCGGUGUCAUCGCCAGGAUCGAGAAAUUCCUCAACGGAGGCGGCCCUGAAAAGCUCCUUGCUGACCUCGACAUUGGCCGGAAGGGCCAGGCGCUGAUCCACGCCGGCCUAAACACCGGAAACUUGCUGUGGGACCUGGACAAGAGAGAAAUCACAGCGGUCCUGGACUUCGAGUUUGCCGUCGUCAACCACCCUUUUGAAGAGUUCGACAGCUUGUCUUUUACCGACCUCGGCGGUUCUCUCGAAUUUGACACCGCCGGCCCAAUCCGGGAGGCCGUCGCCUCGGGCGACUUCACGAAGACACCGGACGCGGACGAUAUACCACCUGAGAAAUGGAUGCUUGCCAAGGAAUGGAACGCGGUGCUGGAUGACCUUGCUCCAAGCAAAAUCAAAGGCUUGGGCGGGAUUCUUGACCUCCUGCAGCUGCAGUUUCUCCUGUUUCAGUUCAGGGACAGCAUGGAGGUCAUCAGCAUUCGGUUCGGCCUCGCAAACCUCACGGAGGAGCUGCUACCUCCCGCGCAUGCAGCACUGGUGGAGUGGCUGGAGAAGCAUGGUUUCUAG